AUGUCAGGGAAGAGAAAGACGUCGAAAAGCAACUCUGGUGGUGAUAACGAAGAGACGAAUGAGAGCUAUCUUCUAUCACUAAUCAAGACUGAGCUAGGGAAACUCUCAAAUUCCUUGAAUGCCAAGCUGACUGUCUUGGAGCAGUCGAUCGACAGUGUUCGAGAGGGACAAAAUAGCAUUGUCAACUCGCUGUCGUUCCUCAACGAAAAAUUUGAGGAAAUGAAGUUGAAGGCCGAGAGGAUUGAAAAGGAGAACAAAGAACUGAGGGAGCAGAACAUCUGUCUUCAGAAGAGGUUCAGUGAGUUGACCUUCCAGCUUAACGAUCUUGACCACCCUGAGCUUGCAGCAUCCGACUUCGAUGUGGUUCAUCGGCUUGGUUCCAAGCGCCAAGCUGAUAACAAAGCCCGUCCGAUCAUCGUGCGAUUCACCACAAGACGUGCUCGGAACAUCAUGUAUGAUGGGAGAAGGAAGUUGAAUACCCUCAGCACAAAGGAUCUUGGAUACAACGGCGAUGGCAAGAUCUACCUCAAUGAAAACCUGAUCGCUUCCACUAAGGAGCUAAUGAAAGAUCUCAACAAGGCCCGCAGAGAUGCCGGAUACAAGUUCCUGUGGACCCAGAAUGGCCGAAUCUUUGUAAGGAAGGAUGAGAAGUGUCAACCCAUCAUCAUUCAUUCUAGAGAGGACUUUUCCAAGCUGUAUUAG